UCCGGGCCAAGAUGGCGGCGCCCGGGGCCUCUAGGAGCGUCCGCCGCGGGUGCCGCCGCCCCAGGCGAGGUCGGGCCGCUGAACGCGGGUCAGCAGCUGUCAGCGCCACCCUUCCUGCUUAGCUGGGAAGCUCCGGCGUCUCCCGGAGAGCGGCAGCGGGAUCAUGGCAGCGGCUCGAUCAUCCGAAUGUUUUGUCGCCGUCGCUUCCACCUCUACCUCCACGGUCGCCGCCCCCACACCCCUCUAUUCGAAAGAACCUAAAAAGUGGGAUGAAUUUGAAGAUAUGUUGGAAGAGAGGCGGCAUUUCAGUGACCUGAAAUAUGCAAUGAAAUGCUAUACACCUACCGUCUACAAGGGACUUUGCCCUUGCAAGCCAGAUAAAAUUAAACGUGCUGUUCUCAAAUCUGAGGAGGUUCAGUAUGUCAUCAAGCAGAUUUCCAGGGAAACAUUCGAGUCUGUUGAUAUAAUCCAAGAGGAAGCUUCUAUAAUCCUGGAUGAGAUGGCUCACAAAUUGCGUCUGGGAGCCAUACGAUUUUUUGCUUUCAGUUUGAGUAAAGUGUUUAAACGUAUAUACAAGAAGGUGUGUGUGAAUGAAGAAGGUAUUCAGAGACUACAACGGGCUAUCCAGGAGCAUCCAGUUGUUCUGCUGCCUAGUCAUAGAAGUUAUAUUGACUUUUUGUUGCUGUCUUAUGUUUUAUACACCUAUGAUUUACCUGUACCUGUCAUUGCAGCUGGAAUGGAUUUCCUGGGAAUGAAAUUGGUGGGUGAGCUGCUACGAAUGUCAGGUGCCUUUUUCAUGCGGCGUACAUUUGGUGGAAAUAAGCUCUAUUGGACUGUGUUCUCUGAAUAUGUAAAAACCAUGUUACGGAAUGGUUAUGCUCCAGUUGAAUUUUUCCUUGAAGGGACAAGAAGCCGUUCUUCUAAAACCUUGCCUCCCAAAUUUGGUCUUCUCAAUAUUGUCAUGGAACCAUUUUUUAAGAGAGAAGUUUUUGACACCUACCUUGUUCCAAUUAGCAUCAGUUAUGAUAGGACAUUAGAAGAAACUCUAUAUGCACAUGAACUUCUAGGAGUUCCUAAGCCGAAAGAAUCAACAGCUGGCCUAUUGAAAGCAAGGAAGGUACUUGCUGAAAAUUAUGGAAGCAUUCACGUGUACUUUGGAGAACCAUUAUCACUCCGAUCCAUGGCAAAUGGGAAAAUGAAUCGGGGUCCAUAUAACUUAGUUCCCAGACACAUCCCCCAGAAACCAUCUGAGGAUAUGCAGGCAUUUGUCAGUCAUGUUGCAUACAAACUGGAACUUCUGCAAAUUGAAAACAUGGUUCUGAAUCCAUGGAAUGUAGUAGUCACUGUUUUUCUUCAGAACUUACCAAGAAUGGACUUUGAUGUUUUGGUUGAAAAGGCUGUCUGGCUGAAAGGUUUAACACAGGCCUUUGGAGGAUUUCUAAUUUGGCCUGAUAAUAUAGCUGCUGAUGAAGUUAUCCAUUCUUCCCUUCUUCUGCAUUCUAACAUCGUCAGCCUUACCAAGGAUCAGGUGGUUCUGAAAGAGGAAAGUGGAGAAGCAGGAGUUGCUGAAGGACUUGUUUUCCAGCAUAUCAUUACACUCAUGUGUGUGGCCUACAGAAAUCAUCUGCUUAACAUUUUUGUCCGUCCUUCUUUUGUGGCUAUAUCACUGCAGAUGACACCUGGUUUCAGGAAAGAGGACAUCUACAGCUGCUUUGACUUCCUGCGUGAUGUGUUUUCAGAUGAAUUCAUCUUCUUUCCAGGAAAUUCACUGAAGGACUUUGAAGACAGCUGUUACCUGCUUACUAAAAGUGAAAGCAUUCAAGUGACUCCACAAGACAUUUUAGUUACAGACAAAGGAGAUACUGUGGUAUCAUUUUUAGCAUUACUCUUUAAGCCCUUUGUGGAAGGUUAUCAGAUAAUUUGCCAAUAUCUUCUGAAAGAAGAAAAUGAGUGCUUCACUGAGAAGCAGUACUUAACUGGACUCAGAAACUAUACUUACUAUCUUCUUGAAUCAGGAGACUGUCAGUGUUAUGAGCUGCUUUCUUCUGAUAUGCACAAAAAUGCAUUAGCAGCUCUUGUUCGACUGGGAGCUGUAUCGAAAAACAAGACAACUGAUGAGUAUACUUAUAAGGUGAAUGAUGAAGCCACCAUAAAGUUAGAAGAAAUGCUUGGUGCCAAAACACCCAUAGGAAAACCAGUGACCGCAAGACUUUAACCUUUCCCUGCAGUUGGAUGAGGAAGAAUGUUGCAGAAUGACUAUUUAAAAACAAAGCAGGAAUUCGAAAGAAAACACAUUACCUUUCAUCCCUCUGACACAGCUUCUUUGGAAGUAUCUAAUAAAGGAGAAAAAGGUGUUCAACUGAA